UGUCACUGACCUGGGGUUGCAUGUCUGCUGACCUUCUCCUCUUCUCUUUCUCACUCGCCCCAGGCCAGGCCAUGCCAUGCCAUCCCAUCGCAUCCCAUCGGAUCCUCCAAGCUAGGAGCUCAGCUCAGCUCUCGAGAAAACUCUUGCAACAAUAAGCUCCAUCGCUCGCCAGCCACGCAGCUUCCUAGCUAGCUUAGAGGCCUGCGGCCAUGGAGGAGGUGUGGAAGGACUACAUGUCCCUGUCCUCCGCCGCCUCCUUGUACCACCACUCGCCUCCCUCCCCACCGUCCUCCUACCGCGCCGGCAAUGGCAUCCUCCAGGACUUCCUCGCCUCCGCCCCCGUGCCGCCCUCCCUCUCCGCGCCACAGCAGCCCCCGACACCGCCUCCUCUCCCGCCCACCACGCUCAGCCUCAGCUCCACCCUCGAGUUCACCUACCUCGGUGGAGGAGGAUGCUCCUCCACCUCCGGCGACGACUCCCGCGACUUGAUGUCCAUGCCCGACCCCUUGGGCGUCUUCUCCUUCGCGCCGGCCCCCCGGAACCGGAUGAUGGACGGCAGCUCCGGCGGAGACCGGUGGCACCGGCGCAUGAUUAAGAACCGGGAGUCGGCGGCCCGGUCGCGCGCGAGGAAGCAGGCGUACACGAACGAGCUGGAGCUGGCGCUAGCGCAACUGCGGCGGGAGAACGAGAUGCUCCUGAAGCGACACCAGGAGCUCAACGUGCGUUUGGCCAUGACAGCGCAGGUCCCUGACAGGCUCACCGUGCAGAGAUGCCGCUCCGCCCCACCCUGAAGAUGAUCUCAAAAUAUCAUCAGAGGCAGAGGCAGCAGCAGCAGAGCAGGGGAGGCAACUCGUGUGAUUUGAUUCAACGACUAAAUACUAUCCUGCCUCUAUACAUGACAUAUUUACUAGUGCUACUAGUUAACUAGGAGUCUAGGAUCGAUCGAUCUAUCUAUCUAUCUAUGUAAUCUAGCAUGCUACUACGUAGCUAGGUAGCCAGGGAUACAACUAAUUUGUCAGAACCAUUCCUAGUGUUUGGGUAAGCAGAACAAAGCAUGCAUCACCAAUUGGGGAAAGGAAAUGGAGGCAGGCAAAGGCAGCUGCAGACAUCCAACCCCAGGGAAACAUGAAUGUACAAGUCGAGCUGAUGCAUGUUUCUUUUAGUAGCUAGAUCUCCAUGCAUGCGUAUGGAAUCCUAGUUAUCUAUAUACGUGGAGUAUGUCUU